AUGCCAGUCAAGACAAUUGUAUUAUUUCGAUCAAAAGCUGACGAUGCCAUAAACGAAGAUAUUUAUGAAAAACUGCUAACUGAACAUGAUUAUGCAGUUAAAACCUUAUCACCAAUUCAAUUUCAUUUUAUUAAUCAAGAUUUACUUUCGACAAAACUUCAGUCUGGUGAUUACCACAGCCUUAUUUUUACUAGUAAACGGGCUGUUGAAGCCGUUCAACAAGUCUUGACAGAUCAUAAUCGAAAACGAUUCCAACGAAUCUAUGUUGAAGGACCAGCCACUGCCUCAUUAGUCAAGGACUUGUUCGGUUCAACGGUUGACAUCCUCGGCGCAGAAUCAGGCGGAGGUGAAUCGCUAGCUGAAUUCAUCAUCAAAGAUGUACAAAAUAGGAAAGAAACCGCAAAUUUGUUAUUUCCAUGUGCACAAGCACGACUAGAUAUUCUACCAAAACGAUUGUCUAAUGCACCAGGAAUUCAUUUCGACGAAAUCACAGUUUAUGAAACGAUUCCAUCCGAUAGUCUUGACAGAGAGUUACAAGAAUAUCUAACAAAUCAUGGUAGGCCAGAUGUGUUUGGUUUCUUCAGCCCCAGUGGUUUUGAAAGUGUGCACAAAUCGUGUCAACGUAUUGGUUUUGAUCUAUGUGAUAACAAAUCUGUGUUAAUCAGUUUAGGUAAAACAACGAGUGCAGCUAUUCGGCAUUCUCUUGGAUCGAAAUCUUUCGAUGAACGUUCGUGUUCAAAGCCCAUUCCUGAAGAAUUUCUACGUGUGGUUGAAACUAUUGAAUAG